CGACCAGCAAUACCGAUUUGAUAAGUCGCAAAUUACUAUGAAGUCGAAUGUCGUAAGAUCGAUAAUUUCGAUUAAUCGAUGUUAUUCUAGAAGAGAGUACAGAGCAGCGUGUAGUGAUUCACAGAAGUGUAUCUUGCAUUUUUGUGUGAAAACAAAUUAAAAUAAUAUAAAACUGGAAAUGACCUAUUCUGAAUAAUUUAAACAAGAGAACAAAACAGGAACCUCCUCAGCUUCCUCUUUGUAAAACAAUGUCAAGCAUACGGUGAAAAAUUUAACCAAAUCGGCGGAAAACUACGUCACCAGUGACGGAUUCCCCUGAAACUGGGACAAAGUGCAGUGUACUCUGGCAUUGCGCUUUACCGGAAUUUCUCUCACUCCAUGUCCUAGUGGUUUCCCCUCUUCUCUUUCUCUCUCUCUCUCUUUCUCCCUCUCUUCCCUUACUCUCGUAGAAUUAGCCAAUCGUCUCGUCAUCCUCGAGCCUUCGAUCGAAACUGACAGUUAAUCAACAACGAAUGGUGCAAGGCCAAUUGCAUAGUGUCUGGAGGGCUCGAUACCAUGUCAGAUGGGGUUGAUGGUGGUGGCGGGGAAAAUGAGGUAGAUUCCCAUUCUUGUUCGCAUGUCGACGUUGGAGAAUCCUCAACCCCAAGAGACGAAGAAACUUUGGAUCCUGAUAGUGAAGCUGCUUUGAACACCAAUUAUGAUAGCAGUGAUGGUGCAGUUCCUGCAUUUAGGUGUGAAAGGUGUGAAAACUAUGAAACCAUAAAUAAGACAGCAUUAUGCGCUCAUCAGGACCAGUGUUUGGCCAAUGCUGAAACAGGAGAGAGUGUAGAGAAUAUUGAAACUGUUGAAAAUGAUGGAGAUGGAGAGGAAUCUCAUUCUGGUAUUCGUUCUCAUAGAAAAAUGUUUGAAUGUGAUGUUUGCAACAUGAAAUUUUCCAAUGGAGCCAAUAUGAGGCGACAUAAGAUGAGACAUACUGGUGUGAAACCAUAUGAGUGUCGUGUGUGUCAAAAAAGAUUUUUUCGUAAGGAUCAUUUGGCAGAACAUUUUACAACUCACUCUAAGACUUUGCCAUAUCAUUGUCCAAUUUGUAAUCGAGGUUUUCAAAGACAAAUUGCAAUGAGGGCCCAUUUUCAGAAUGAACAUGUUGGCCAACAUGAUAUGGUAAAAUCUUGUCCUUUGUGUAACUAUCGUGCAGCAACUAUGAAAUGUCUAAGGUUACAUUUUUUUAACAGGCAUGGAAUAGACCUGGAUAAUCCAGGUCCAAACAGUUCCAGUUCUUUAAUGAAUAGUUGUGCUCCAGGCGAAGCUAUGCCUUCAGCUCCCCUUUCAGAUAGUGGAGAUAGUACUGGAAAUCGAUCUGCAGACAAUGCAACUCCGCCGAUGCAUUUUUUAACACCUCAUAUAGAGAUAUCAAUACCUUAUCCUGAACAAGCUGCAAAUCAACGGAAUCCAAGUCCUGCUCCACUUAAUGGAGAUAGUCCAAAUAGUCCUCAAAGUGCAGACAGUAACAGUAAUGCUCCAAGUAGUAGUCACCAUCAAUUACCUAUUAACAGUAGUGGUAUUCACAGGAAUCUUGGAGGAAGUGAAGAAGCAAUCACACCUUCAAUUUCACUUAUUCCUAUUAAGCAAGAACCAAACAGCAAUGGAACAGAGGAGAAUGGAGCAACAUCUAGUAAUCUUCCAUUACCAUCAUUGAUCAAAGUUUCACCAUUGAAGUCUCUUCUUCGAGAUGAUUUACGACGCAAGCUUUCAUCUGGUUCUGGAAAUAACAAUAACAACAAUAACAACAACAAUGGUAAUAGUAGCUCGAAUACAAAUCCCCAUUCAAGAGGAGAACCGCCCAGUUCGACGAGGCCGGAUCAACGAACCAGUGGACUUCAAUGCGCUCAUUGUAGAAUUACUUUUCCUGAUCAAACGUUGUAUUUCCUUCAUAAGGGUUGUCAUAGUGAAAGCAAUCCUUGGAAGUGCAAUAUUUGUGGUGAACAGUGUUGUAACUUAUAUCAAUUUAAUUCGCAUUUAUUAAGCAAAAGUCAUCAGUAAUUGUAAAAGGGGUGACAUUUUUUCUUAAGAGUCUAGAACCUCGAUUAUUUAAAGAUUCAUUUUAGUAAGUGUAGAAAAAUGUUAAUAUAAGAAAUGAGAGAGUAGGAAGAAAAUUAUGAACAGAGAGAAAUAUUUUUUGGAUAAUUUAAACGAAACAAAGUUUUAUUUAACAAUAUAAAAUGUAUUGUUGUUUAUUUUUAUUUAUAUUAAUAUUUAAUAUUUAUAUUGAGAUUGAAGUAGUCGAGGUUCCAGGAAUGAUUUUGGAAUGUGAAAAAAGUCGUGCCUUUAUCAAGAUACCUUUGCCAACACUCACACUCGUCCGAACCAUGCUACUUUAUGGUAGUACGAACGAUCCGUCCAUGGGGCUUUACAAAAUAUAUUCCAGAAUUUGUGUCGGUAGUUUUAAACAUAUAAAUAUAUAUAUAUAUAUAAUAUAAUACAUAUAUAUAUACAUACAUGUAUACACAUAUAUAUAU